AUGACCACUCUCUUUUCUGUCUUACCUAACAGCGAUAACCUGCUGCGAAGAGCUGCGUGCCAAGAAGCUCAGACUUUUGGCAACCAGCUGAUCCCUUCCAGUGUUCCACUGAAGAAAGCAACGGUGUUCCUCAACCCAGCAGCUUGCAAAGGCAAGGCCAGGAACCUUUUUGAAAAUAAUGCUGCUCCAAUUUUACACUUAUCUGGCUUGGAUGUAACUGUGGUUAAGACUGAUUAUGAGGGACAAGCGAAAAAGCUGCUGGAAUUGAUGGAAAACACUGAUCUGAUCAUUAUUGCAGGAGGAGAUGGCACAGUACAAGAGGUCAUAACUGGACUUCUCCGCAGAGCAGAUGAGGCUGUCUUCAGUAAGAUUCCUAUAGGAUUCAUUCCUCUUGGGACGACCUGCAGUCUGAGUCACACACUCUACCCUGAGAGCACAAACCAAGUCCAACAUAUUACUAAUGCCACACUGGCCAUUCUGAAGGGAGAAACAGUUCCACUUGAUGUCUUGCAGAUCAAGGGAGAAAAGGAACAGCCUGUGUUUGCAGUGACUGGUUUAAGAUGGGGAUCCUACAGAGAUGCAGGAGUUAAAGUUAGCAAGUACUGGUACCUUGGACCGCUGAAAAACAAAGCAGCUCACUUUUUCAGUACAUUUAAGGAAUGGCCUCAGAAACGUGAAGCUGCUCUCAUGUAUCUGGGUCCAACUGAGAGACCUCCAGAGGAGCCAGAGGAGAAACAAUCCAGACCUCCUUUGUAUGUGAGGCUUUACAGACGACUUCAGUUAUACUGGUCAUCUCGCCCAAAAGAAAUCCCCCAGGAGGUAACCCCAGAGGACUGGGAAGAACUGAAGCUCUCCACCAUUGAGCUUUCCAUUGCAACUCGGAACAGGCAGCUUGAUCUUAAGCGCACCGAAGACUUCAUGGAUAUUUGCAUUGAAGCAGAUACUGUCAGCAAAGGACAGUUUGUAAGCAGAGGGAGUAAAAAGAUGCAUGAUCCACAUAUGUGCCCUGAAGAGAGUCAGUGCAUCCAAGCCAGCAGAUGCAUCUUGCAACUUCCAGAGGGCACUGAGGGAUCCUUUAGCAUCGAUAAUGAGGAGUAUGAGGCCAUGCCUGUGGAGGUGAAGCUUCUACCCCGGAAACUCCGGUUCUUCUGUGAUCCCAAAAUGAGAGAGCAGAUGCUCCAGGCAGCAGUACAAUGAGGAUUCACGUCAAAGGGGCCACUGUUUACCAGUCUUACCAGGGUCUUUUCACAUGAGACCUCACUGACUUGAUUAGCCCCACUAGACUAAUAAGCCAUUUGGCUAUUUACAUGCACAGGGCACUUCCAUUGGAAGUAACUGAUUUGACUAGUCUAAAAGAGGUUAAAAAUGCAAAUGAAAAUUCAAAAAAAUGUAUGUUAACUUGAUGGCAUCUUUUUCCUUCUGAAACAAGUCAUCAGUGUGCCAUUUACAGCACUGCAGGCUGAGUGCUGGAUGCCAGAUGCUACUGCUUUAAUGCAAUUGUAUAUUAAAGUAAAA